AUGCGCGCGUAUGGAGCUGACGACCAUGUGCAGUCGCAACGCGAUGUAGGCCUCCAAGUCCCUUUGAACUUCGUCACGUAUGCCGGCGUCGCCACCACAGCAGCAUGUUUUGCCGCCAAGCGCUACGAAGAUGUUGCAGCUGCAAAGUGCCUUUCGAACCUCCUGGUAGCCGGAUACAGAAGGCUCGAUGCAGAUGUCUAUUGGGAUGCUAGCCGCAAUCGCUGGUCUCUCUGCCCCGUCCAACUGGGAGGCGCCGGCGCAGUGACGACGGCAACUCUCAGCGCAAAUCCAUCUACCACGACUUUGGCGACAGGCUCUCGUCCAGGCUCUCCCCAAAGCUCCGACAAUGAUGCCGUCCUCCUGCAAGCAGGUCCCUACCUAUGCUCUCCCACCGUAGACUUCGCACUCUUCGUGAGCAUUGUCUCGGCUCAUCUGGCGAGUACUGAAACAGAUUUGAAUGCUACCACCCUGGCACUAGUCCUGAAUUUACAUGCUGCCUCUCCUUCGUCAGAUCCAACUGGCAGCGCAGAGCAGCCUGGCGACGAUCAACUUCCCCAAGGUAGCUCAUUGCUGAGCUCGAUCAUCUCAAGCAAUAUGUCGGUGUACACUUAUCCCUUCUCCGACCUGCUGAGUCAAAGAGCAAAUCUUAAUGGUAGCCGGAGCUGGUUCGCUGUCCCUCCCGAAUACCAGCCAGAUGCCGCGUUCUUUGAGGUGAACAACACGGGCAGCACCAUAUCGACACCCGAUGGAUGGCCGAGCGAGAGUUACGUUGAGCUGUCCCAGGCUAAACGAGUGCUUGUCGGGUUUGGAGAUGUCGAUCCACAGAUGCAGAACUACAACUUCGCAGCCGAUGAAGUUCUCAUGUUUCCGCAGGGUUUUCUGGAAUCUGCGCGAGACGUAACGCUGGCAGCCGAUGGAAAUGUUACGAGUGGUUGCUUCUUUGCUGCCGCUUCUACCUCUAUCGGAAAUGCCAAUUCCUCUUGGGCCGUGUCGCCUUUGGGCAAUAACACUGAUGCACUUCCGCAACAGCUUGGCUACAUUGUUCAGCAAGGACAAGAUAUAGUCCGCUGUGGCAUCUCUCCGGUCCUCAAUUAUACAUUGAACAACAUUACUGCCGACAGAGACUUCAGGCCAUACCAAGCUUUUGCAGAGUCUAGCAUAUGGUCAUGGGCGUCCGGCCAGCCCAUCAACGCCUCAGCCCUUGACGAUUACAAUAACUACCGCUGCGCAGCUCUAAAUUCCAGCUCAGGAUUCUGGGAGGCUGCUGAUUGCGGUGUAUCACGAUAUGCCGCGUGUCGCAUCGGAAAUGAGCCGUACAAAUGGGCAAUCAGCGAAGCAGAUGCGCCGUAUGACAGAGUCGAGCUAGGCUGCGACGACAAUCAGGCAUUUGACGCACCGCGAACGGCUCUGGAGAAUGCCCACCUCCUCUAUACAUGGCAGACUUAUCGCUCUCAGUAUUCCGACGAUGAUGAUAAACCACUGCUGUGGCUGAAUUUCAACGAUCUGGACGUGGCCGCGUGCUGGGUCGUGGGACAAAAUACUUCUUGUCCGUAUGAGGGACCUCCUGGGCAGGAAACGAGAACGAUUGUGGUUCCUGUUGUUGGGGGAAUCAUUGUCUUGGUAUUGACAGUCCUCACCAUUUGUGUAAAAUGUGCAGGGAAUAGACAAACCGCAAAGAGAAGGCGACGAAGGGGCGAUGAUGGUUGGGAUUAUGAGGGUGUUCCGUCUUAG